AUGCGGCUAGUGUCCCCGGAGGAGAAGCCCAACCCGCUGCAGGAUGCGAACUUCUGCUCCCGGCUGUUCUCCUGGUGGCUAAACCCCUUGUUUAAAAUUGGUUACCAACGAAAAUUAAAGCAAGAUGACCUGUAUUCAGUGCUUCCAGAAGAUCGCUCCCAGCACCUUGGAGAAGAGCUGCAAUGGUACUGGAAUCGAGAAGUUUUGAGAGCCAAGAAAGACGCACGGGAGCCUUCUUUAAUGAAAGCAAUCGUCAAGUGUUACUGGAAAUUCUAUUUCAUUUUGGGACUACUUAUGUUUCUGGAGGAAGGCACUAAAGUAAUUCAACCCAUAUUCUUGGGAAAAAUUAUUAGUUAUGUUGAAAACCACGAUCCCAGUGAUUCUGCUGCUUUGCACGAAGCCUAUGGCUAUGCAGCGGGGCUGAGCGCCUGCGUGCUCGUGUGGGCCAUUCUGCACCACUUGUACUUCUAUCACAUGCAGCGCGUGGGGAUGAGGCUGAGAAUAGCCGUGUGCCAUAUGAUCUACCACAAGGUACUUUGCCUUAGUUGCCCGGCCAUGGGGAAGACCACCACAGGUCAGAUAGUCAACCUUCUGUCCAACGAUGUGAACAGGUUUGAUCAGGUAAUGAUGUUCUUGCACUAUCUGUGGGUGGGGCCACUGCAGGCUGUCGCAGUGACCUCCCUGCUCUGGAUGGAAAUAGGAAUGUCAUGUCUUGCUGGGAUGGCGGUUCUCAUUAGUCUUCUGCUUUUGCAAAGCAGCUUCGGGAUGUUGUUUUCAUCACUCCGGACUAAGACCGCAGCUCUCACAGAUGACAGGAUCAGGAUCAUGGGCGAAUUUAUAACUGGCAUCAAAACAAUAAAAAUGUAUGCUUGGGAAAACAUAUUUGGAAACCUUAUUACCAGUUUGAGAAGGGAGGAAAUUUCAAGGAUUCUGAAAAGUUCCUACCUUAGGGGCAUGAAUUUGGCAUCAUUUUUUGCUAUCAGCAAAAUCAUGAUUUUUGUCACCUUCAUCACCAAUGAGCUUCUUGACAACCAGAUCACAGCCAGCCAGGUGUUUGUGGUGGUGACACUGUUCGAGGCGCUGCGGUUCUCAAGCACCCUCUACUUCCCCAUGGCUGUCGAGAAGGUGUCAGAGGCCGUCGUCAGCAUCCGAAGAAUCAAGACUUUUCUAUUACUUGAUGAGAUACCAGAGCUCCACCCUCAGCUGCCAUCAGAUGGUGAAAGGACAGUGGAUGUGCAAGAUUUCACUGCUUUUUGGGAUGAGGCAUUAGAAACCCCAACCCUACAAGGCCUUUCCUUUACUGUCAAACCUGGUGAACUGUUAGCUGUAAUUGGACCUGUGGGAGCAGGAAAGUCGUCACUGUUAAGAGCUCUACUGGGGGAGCUGCCCCCGAGCCAGGGGAAGGUCAGUGUGCUCGGGAGGAUUGCAUAUGUUUCUCAGCAGCCCUGGGUGUUCUCAGGAACUGUGAGGAGUAACAUUUUAUUUGGGAAGAAAUAUGAAGAAGACCGAUAUGAAGAAGUAAUAAAGGCUUGUGCUUUGAAAGAGGAUUUGCAGAAUUUGAAGGAAGGAGAUCUAACUGUGACAGGAGAUGGAGGAACCCCGCUGAGUGAAGGACAGAAAGCCCGGAUCAGCCUCGCCAGAGCCAUGUAUCAGGAUGCAGACAUCUAUCUUCUGGACGAUCUGCUUAGCACAGUGGAUGCAGGAGUCAGCAGACACUUGUUUGAACAGUGUAUUCGCCAGGCUUUGAAGGAGAAAAUCACAAUCUUAGUGACUCAUCAGUUGCAAUACCUAGAAGAUACAAGUCAGAUUCUGAUACUGAAAGAUGGCAAAAUGAUGAAAAGGGGGACUUACUCUGAGUUCCUGAGUUCUGGGGUAGAUAUUUUUUCCCUUUUUGAGAAGGAGAAUGAUCAAUAUGAACCAUCUCCAGUUCUAGAAGCUCCCACUCUGAUCUCCAAGUCUUCGGUUCAGUCUAAGCAGUCUCCCAGACCCUCAUUGAAAUAUGCAGCUCCAGAGGACCAAGAUACUGAGAAUAUACAGGUUACAUUACCUCUAGAGGAUCAUUUGGAAGGAAAAGUUGGUUUUAAAACCUAUAAGAAUUACUUCACAGCUGGUGCUCACUGGUCUGUCAUCAUCUUCCUUAUUCUAGUAAACAUCGCAGCUCAGGUUGCCUAUGUCCUGCAGGAUUGGUGGCUUGUAUACUGGGCGAAUGUACAAAGUGACCUGUAUUCUGGGACAUUAGUAAAAGAUCUAGACAUGUUGCUCAUCCUGAACUGGUACUUAGGAGUUUAUUCAGGGUUAACUGUAUCUACUGUCCUUUUUGGGAUCACGAGGUCUCUGUUGAUACUUCACAUCCUUGUUGAUUCUUCACAAACUUUGCACAACAAAAUGUUGCAGACCAUUUUAAGAGCUCCAGUAUUGUUCUUCAAUAGAAAUCCAAUAGGAAGACUUUUAAAUCGUUUCUCCAAGGACAUUGGGCAUAUGGAUGACUCACUGCCCCUGAUAUUUCAAGAUUUCAUCCAGACAUUUCUACUUGUGAUUGGUGUGGUGGGAGUGAUGGUGGCUACGAUUCCUUGGAUUGCUAUACCUGUGAUUCCCCUUGGCAUCAUUUACUUUGUUCUGCGGCGAUAUUUCUUAGCGACGUCGAGAGAUGUGAAACACCUGGAAUCCACAACGUGGAGCCCAGUAUUGUCUCACUUAGUGUCUUCUCUCCGGGGACUCUGGACCAUCCGGGCGUACAAAGCUGAACAGAGGUUUCAGGAAGUGUUCGACACAUGCCAGGACUUGCACUCAGAGGCUUGGUUCCUGCUUUUGACGAUGUCCCGAUGGCUUGCUGUGUAUUUAGAUGUCAUCUGUGCCAUCUUCAUCACUGUUGUUGCCUUUGGGGCCCUGAUUCUAGUAGAAACCUUGAAUCCUGGGCAGGUUGGCCUGGUGCUAUCUCUCACCCUCACGCUCACAGGGAUGUUCCAGUGUUGUGUCAGGCAAAGCAUUGAAGCUGAGAAUAUGAUGAUUUCAGUAGGAAGAGGGACUGAAUAUACAGAGUGUAAGAAAGAAGCACCCUGGGAGUAUGAAUAUCGACCACCAACAGCCUGGCCCCGUAGAGGAGAGAUUGACUUUUACAGUGUGAACUUCAGGUACAGCCUAGAUGGCCCUCUGGUAUUGAAGGACUUGGAGCCAUCCAUAUUCUCAGGAGAAAAGGUUGGCAUCGUGGGAAGAACAGGGGCUGGAAAAAGUUCCCUCAUUGCUGCGCUUCUUAGAUUGGCAGAACCUGAAGGUAUAAUUAAGAUUGAUGGGAUCAAGACAACUGAAAUUGGACUUCAUGAUUUAAGGAAGAAAAUGUCAGUUGCACCUCAGGAGCCUGUUUUAUUCACUGGAUUAAUGAGGAAAAAUCUGGAUCCCUUUAAUGAUCAUACCAUUGAGGAACUAUGGAACGCCUUAGAAGAGGUACAACUUAAAAAAUUCAUCGAAGGUCUUCCUGGUAAAAUGGAUACCGCAUUAGCAGAAUCAGGAUUGAACUUGAGUGUUGGGCAGAGACAACUUUUGUGUCUUGCCAGGGCUAUUCUCAGAAAAAAUCAGAUAUUAAUUUUUGACAAAGCAACAGCACAUGUGGAUCCAAGAACUGAUGAGUUAAUACAAAAAAAAAUCCAUGAGAAAUUUGCCCAGUGUACUAUCGUAACUAUUACACACAGGCUGAGCACCACUAUUGACAGCAACAGGAUAAUGGUAUGGGAUUCAGGCACACGGAAAGAACAUGGUAAGCCACAUGAUUUGCUGCAAAAUAGAAACAGCCUGUUUUACAAGAUGGUGCAACAACUGGGUGAGGUGGAGGCCACUGCCCUCACUGAAACAGCAAUAAUAGAUGAAGAGAUUGGGUCCAGAGUUGCAUAA